AUGGCAGAAGAGGAACGUGUAGUAGCUCUAUUCAAAGGAACCAUAGACAAUCAUGAUUUUGAUAACAAAACUCUGUGUGGUUUGGACAGUCUCGACCUUCUAUGGAAGCUCAUGUGUGCCUACAUAGUAUUGGGAUUUAUCGGGUUCUGCCUUAUUUUCUUCUGCUUGGACAGAAUUGGUGCCAAAGUGGAUCCAGAGAAGACGAGCCUGAGCAUUGUUUGCCAGCAUCUGACUCUCCUUGUCUCUCACAAGACUUUUCGGCUACUUAUCCCCUUAUUAAUAUUCAGUGGGCUUCAACAAGGUUUUAUAUUUGCCGAUUUUACAAAGUCAUACGUCACCUGUGCUCUGGGGAAGGAGUACAUAGGAUACUCGAUGAUCGUGAUGGGCGUGGCCAAUGUGGUGAGCUCCAUACUAGUAGCGCUGGUCGCUAAAAUGGUACCACGGGAGGUUGUAUUUGGUUUCGGUGGAGUCAUACAUAUGGCCAUUAUGAUUGGCUUCCUCAUCUGGAUUCCUAUGAACAAUUUAUUCAUUUAUUUCAUAUUAGCAGCAUCUUGGGGAUUUUGUGACGCAGUUUGGCAAACACAAUGCAACACCCUGAUAUGUGUCACGUGCCCGGAAGAUGCGGAUAUAGCAUUUGCUAAUUACCGACUGCUGCAGAGUUUUGGAUUGGCAUUUUCCUUCCUAAGUGGAACGUUUAUGUGCGUUGCCGGAAAGCUGUAUAUUCUCAUUAUAAUGCUGGUCGUGUCCGUGAUGUUUUACGUGCUAGCAGAGUACAAAGUACGGCAAGUGGACAAUGACGUUUUCGAGGAUCCGCCACAGAACUGACCAACAGCCUGCACUGACCACCGGCGGCAAUACUGACCAACUCACAACUGACCAACAGAAGUUUAGCCGACGUGGUGCACGUGCAUAGUUCUGUAUAUGUAUAUAGUAUAUAUGGUAUACAGAGUCGAGCAACAGCAGUAUAGCCAGUGUCAUAUCAUUGUGUACAUAUGGUAUACAUGUACAUAACUGACCAGCUGAUAUGCUAUUAUGUGUGUACGUGUAUAUUAUAUAAAGAACUGACCAACGGUCAACAGUUUAGCUGAUGUGCUAUUGUGUAUAUAAAUGGUAUAACAAGCUAUAAUGUAGGUUUAUUGUGUGAAUUACUGAACUUAUUAAAUGUGAAUAUUCUCUGUAUAAAUGUGAAUCUAUAGAUUAAAAAUGUGAACUUAUUUGUAUAAAUAUUAUGUGAAAACUCUUUAACCAACUCUCAGCGGGUGAAUAUGCAAUAUACCUUGUGUAUAAAUAUGAUGUUUGUUUUUUACAAUUCCAUUGUUUCCCGAUAACUUAUCCUUUUGAGUCACUAGAAGUAUUGGUAUCAUGUUGCUAGUACAGUUGUGUAAAUCUAUUACAAAACCUCCUGUUUUGUUUACAUACAUAUUUAUUUUCACAAGUUUUAAACAUGUAAGUUUGGUAUUCAAUAAA